GACCCCUGGCCAAAUCAGGCUGUAGGUGUGCGCCUCAAGCUGUUAAAACCAGUGGUUACAAAUGAGCAUUAUUCUAAUUAAAUUAUUUGCUUUAACUUUACUUAAUAAUGCUUACGGUUUUGUUAAACAGUCAACAAUAUUAAGGUCGUAUUCGAGGGAUAAUCUAUCAUGGCUACUACUGAGAAUGCAGAGACAGGCUUACCAGAAAACAAAGGAGACCAUCAUCGGAGUGCUUACCCGGACACAAAGUAUCCAAUGAAAGUCCAGUACUGUGGAGUGUGUUCCUUGCCAACAGAGUAUUGUGAGUACAUGCCUGAGCCGGCAAAAUGCAGGCAGUGGCUGGAGAAGAACUUCCCAGAUGUGUUUGCCAGAAUGAGUGUAGGUCCCGUAGGAAAUGCACCCAAGCAGGACACCGGCUGUGAAGAGGCGCCCCCUGUUGGAGAGGAGGAGGAGAGGAAGAAGCAGAAGCGAGGUGGCAGAGGACAGAUCAAACAGAAAAAGAAGACUGUGCCUCAGAAAAUAACGAUAGCUAAAAUCCCCCGCGCCAAGAAGAAAUACGUCACACGUGUCUGUGGAAUGAACACCUUUGACAUUGACCUUAAAGAGGCUCAGAGAUUCUUUGCCCAGAAGUUCUCCUGCGGCGCCUCGGUGACGGCGGAGGAUGAAAUCAUAAUUCAGGGAGAUUUUACAGAUGACAUCAUCGAUGUCAUUCAGGAGAAGUGGCCUGAGGUGGAUGACGACAGCAUUGAUGAUCUUGGAGAAGUCAAAAAGUGAAGACCCGACGUGCACUUUUACUGAGAAUGGAUGUGACCUGUAACAACAACAACAACAACAACAACCUGGCCAAAUGUACACAUUAACAUUAAAAAAGGAGUCGUUUUAUAUCUAUUUUAUUUACUGUAUAGAAACUGUGGACUCGGCCACCCCCCCUUGGCAUUUUUCAGUUCUUGAUAGCUGCUCUCUCUUGUUUGCCAAAGGUCUGGUCUGAUGAUCUGAAUCCUUGUAAAACGCUUUUCACUUGGCAAGCUUGUAGGGUAAUAAAUGUCGGUCUCAAUCACUUGUUCA